CAUCGGUCGACACACACGGCAACUUUGGCCCCCUAAGAAAGUAUUCCUCGAGUGCGUAAAAAACAAUGCCCGUUCGUCAUCCCGCCCACUCACCAAACCCAUGCUCCACCAACAGGAUUGGGAAACUCCAUCUGCCGGACAAAGAAGUAGGAUGCGCCGGGUUCGGCAUCAGGCAAUCUCGCUGUUGCCGGACCGAGCCCGCUUGCCCCCGUCCCACUCCCGCUACUUCUACUUUUAGUACAUUUUAAAGAUUGAAACUUUAAAACGGAACGAUUUCCUCCCUGGGUUACGCCCUGCCGUUUCGGCACACCCCGCCUCCCAAUGACCUUUGCCCUCGUCUUCGGCAGGAGGCUAAGUAACCGCUUACCCGCUGCUCUAGCUCCUGUCCUCUCGCAGUGUAGCUUGUCUGGUGUGAGAAUGGCAUCCACGCUGCCACGGCUGCCCGUGUUCGAGGCAAUUGCCCGUCAUGACCCGGACUCGACCGUCGUCAUCCACUCCAACAGCGGGCGCCGGUUCCGCUAUGGCCAGCUGCUGGGAGACGUCUGCAAGGUCCGGAACCGCUUGUACGACGCUGCCGGCAGUAGUCAGAUCGACGGGGAGCGCAUUGCUUUCCUUGUCGAAAACAGUUACGACUAUGUGGUGACCCUGCUGGCCAUCCUUGCGGCAAAAUCCAUUGCAGUGCCCUUGUCUCCAGCAUUCCCUGCGCCUGAGCUGCAGUACAUUCUGAACCACAGCGAGGCGCUGAUGCUGCUAUCAUCUGCCAAAUUCGCUACGAAGGCGCAGGAAGUGUUGAAGACGGAGCUGGAUGUUGAGCCCACAUAUCUUCAACUAAGCAAAUUCCAAGGAGAUGGCGCCCACGAGCAGAUGGCCCUGGAAAGGACGGGAUCUGACUCGGCGGGAAUGAUGCUCUACACAUCUGGCACCACCAAUCGGCCGAAAGGCGUCCUCUUGCCCCAGUCCGUCAUGACGGCGCAGGCUCGCUCUCUGCUGCAAGCGUGGGAAUACUCGUCAUCGGACCACCUCCUCCAUGUCCUUCCGCUACACCACAUUCACGGAACCAUCAACGCCAUUUUCACCCCUCUUUUCGCCGGUAGCACGAUCGAGUUCCUGUUCCCCUUCAACGCAGACGCCGUGUGGCGGCGAUUCGCCGCCCCUUUCCUUACCCCCGACCAGACGUACAGCCAUGCCGAGUCCCGCGACAAAAAGAUCACCUUCUUCACCGCAGUACCCACCAUCUACUCCCGCCUCCUCUCCGCCCACAAGAAUCUAGCCCCAGACAUGCAAAGCGCCACCCGCACCGCCAUCAGCCCCGCCAACCUCCGUCUCGCCAUCUCAGGCUCCGCCGCCCUCCCAACCCCUAUCAAGCGCGCCUGGUCCGACCUGAGCGGGGGGAACGUCCUCCUGGAGCGCUUCGGCAUGACCGAGGUAGGCAUGGCGUUGAGCUGCGGGCUCGACGUGGCCGACCGCGUGGACGGGUCGGUCGGGUGGCCUCUCCCGGGGGUCGAGGCGCGGCUGGUGGACCUGGACACGCACACCGUCAUCGAGCGUGGCCAAGAGCGGGAUCCCACAACGGGCCGCGAGCGCGUCGGCGAGAUCCAGCUGCGCGGCGCCACCAUCUUCGCCGAGUACUGGCGCAACCCGGAGGCCACGGCGCGCGAGUUUGUCGACUCCAAGGACGGCCGCGGGCAGUGGUUCAAGACGGGCGACGUGGCCGUGCGCAGGCCCGUCGAGGGCGCCGGCAAGAGCAACCUCCCCAGCCAGCGCGACUGGGCGCGUGGCGAUAUGUACUUCAUCCUGGGGCGGCGCAGCGCCGACAUCAUCAAGAGCGGAGGGGAGAAGGUGUCGGCGCUCGAGGUGGAGCGCGAGAUGCUCGCGCUGCCCCAGGUCGCCGAGGUGGCGGUGCUGGCGGUGCCGAGCGGCAAGUGGGGGCAAAAGGUGGGCGCCGUGGUCAUCCUCGACCGCGACAACUUGCCCGAGGGCAAGUGGACGCCUCUCGAGAUGCGGCGGGCGCUCAAGGGCCGGUUGGCAAACUACAAGAUACCCCAGGUGCUCAAGGUGGUGGACCAUAUACCCCGGAAUGCCAUGGGCAAAAUAAAUAAGAAGACGCUGGUCAAGGAGGUCUUUCAAGACGAGUUUAGUGGGGAUGAGCUGUAAAAAGGGGGGCGUCCAAAACAACAUUGUACUCGGCCUGUUUCGGUCUUGGGCAAGGAAGUAAUCAAAUAGAUCGGAUGGGCAGGCACACCGUUUAGACCGGUGGUGUAGAUUGUGUACAUUAGCAUGUGUAGACCCGGGAAGAUACCUCAGUUGAUUG